CGACAAGGGCAAACCAGAGCAGACCGGUGCAGGGUGAUUCACUGGGGCAAUGAGUCAAUCAUCCAUGGCUAUAAAAGGGAGAUUCCUGCUUGAGUUUCUCAAUAUGCACAUCAACACACCAGAGAAAGAUGCACUCUUCCCUGAUCUUUUCCAUCUUAAUGGCAGCCCUGGUGGCUGUUAGCAUCAGCCGACCCACAGCUACAGAGGACAGGAUACGAAUCAUGGCCCGAACUACCAUCAGCCGAAUUAAAAAAAUCAAGGAUGAGCACUUCCAGAUGUCUCCAGAGAUUGAUUUUGGCCCUGACAUUGACACACCCAUUGAUGGUCUCACUUCUAUUUACGUUCACUUGAGCUACCUGCAGUUGAGAUUGCGAGUGCCUCCAGCCCAGCACCUACAGCAGGUCCAAGUGGACUUGGAAACUCUCCUGAGCACGCUGGAGGGACUGGCCACCUCGCAGGGAUGCACCCUGCCCAACCCCGAGACCCCAGUGCACAAAGAAGAAGCAGCCUUCCCCGUUACCUCCAACUACCUGUACCUCCUGGAGCUCCAGAGGUACCUGGAAAAGCUUUGCCUGAACAUGGACAAACUAAAAUGGUGUAAAGACACAGACGUGGCUGAGAUGUUUCUAUUCUGAAAUGUGUAAGCCAUGCAUCAUUCAUUCUAUGCAUCACUCUCAAAAAUGCACAUGCAAGGAGUAGUUCUCGAAAUAUUAUAUUAUAACUUAUUAGACUUGAUUCAUACUUCUUGAAUUUUCCAAUUUGUUUUUUUUUUAAUGUCUUUUACACUACGACUUUCUAUUUUCUAAGCUAUAUUUUAAUAUUUUAGCACAUGAUGACGUUUUGUAGCACUGAGAAAUUUGAACUUGCCUGUAGCUGUUUAUUGUAUUUUCUAUGUUAAUUAGACAUGAAUACAGGAGGAUUGUGAAACUGGUAGUAUGUUGGGUUUUUUAAAAGAAUUUUUAAGACAAUAAAUUAUCUUCACAAAAAUCAA